AUGACCAAGUCGCUUUCCCCUGUGGUCGCAUCAGAUUCCUCAAGAAAGCCCACAUCCUAUCCCCCGUCAAGAGCAAAAUCUCCUCGAAGUCGCAAGAGAAGCCAUCCACAUCCGUACCUCAGCGGCAAUUUUGCUCCUUUGCAGAAGGCCCAGAGUCUGAAACCAUGCGCAUAUUCUGGAAGUAUACCCGAAGAGCUGGUUGGAGGUGAAUACGUUCGAAAUGGCGGCAACCCUGUAACAAACGAGGACCUGGGCCGAGAUGCACAUUGGUUCGACGGUGAUGGCAUGCUCAGUGGUGUCGCCUUUAUACGAACUACCAAUGGUGUUCAACCUGAAUUCGUCAAUCAAUUCGUCCUGACCGACCUCUAUCUGUCAACCAUCUCUUCGAAACACCUGCGCGUUCCUAUUCUUCCCAGCAUAGCAACAUUGGUCAAUCCCUUGACCUCAUUGUACAGAUUUAUUGUCCUUUUCUCUCGCAGCAUAUUGUUUGCCCUACUAUCGCGACUUCCUGGCUCAACACAACCCAUCAAGAAAAUUAGCGUGGCCAACACUGGUGUCUUAUUCCAUGAUGGACGUGCUCUUGCCACCUGCGAGUCCGGGCCUCCAAUGAGAGUCGCUCUUCCUGGUCUCGAGACUGUUGGCUGGUUCAACGGGAAGAGAGCAGAAGGAGAGCCGGGCGCCGUCGAAGGCCCGGGAUUUGGCGGACACGGAUUAUUGCAAUUCAUGAAAGAAUGGACGACAGCCCAUCCUCGUGUCGAUCCGAAGACAGGAGAGCUGCUACUCUUUCACUCAAAUUUUGUCCCUCCAUAUGUACAUUAUUCGAUCAUACCUGCGACAUUCCCGCCCGCCAGCCUCCCCUCGCCGCUCGAGCGGCCGCUAAGACUGCUGAGCGCCCCUAUCCCGGGCGUUUCGUCGGCGAAGAUGAUGCAUGAUUUCGGCGUGUCUUCCCACCACACUGUCAUCAUGGACUUGCCUCUGUCGCUAGAUCCAUUGAACUUGUUGAAACAUAAGCCUGUUGUUGCCUACGACUCAUCCUCUCCUUCUCGGUUUGGCGUCUUUCCUCGAUAUUACCCUCAGCAGAUUGUCUGGUUCGAGACGAAAGCAUGCUGCAUUUUCCACACUGCUAACACGUGGGAUGACAAUGUGGUUGACAAAGGAACUGGGAAAACGAGGACGACUGCAGUCAAUAUGCUCGCAUGCCGAAUGACUUCGGCUUCGCUCGUUUUUACGACAGGUGACAUCCCUGCUCCGCAGCUAAAGUCCAACGAACUUGAUAUCGAGGAAGAACAGUGCCGACUCUACUACUACCAAUUCUCAUUGGCACACCCCGGGCACAUAUCUCACCAGUUCGGACUAAGUGCCGUUCCAUUCGAAUUCCCCAACGUCAGGAAAGAUAGAACAAUGGGGCAGGCGAAAUAUGUCUAUGGCUGUUCCGCUUCUACAGGUACUUUUGGAACCGCCCUUGGUCGCACUGUCAAGAUCGACUGCUUGGUCAAGGCAGACGUUGAGACCCUCAUCACGCGAGGCAAGACCUGUUCCCUUACCGGGCGCGUUCCUAAUUGUGUUGAUACAAGGUCUGUCGAUGAGGUCCUUCAAUCUCAGGAGGAGGGGGAUCCGAUCUCGAUUUUCCGCCUACCCCCAGGCUGGUUUGCUCAGGAGCCGCACUUUGUGCCACGUGAAAGCGGCACUCGUGAAGACGACGGGUGGCUGCUGACCUACGUCUUCGACGAAUCACAGCUGGACCCAUCUGGGGAAUGUCGUCCGGACGCCAGAAGCGAGCUGUGGAUCAUUGAUGCCCGAGACAUGAAGACGAUCGUCGCUCGAGUGUAUCUGACGCAGAGAGUGCCCUACGGCCUGCACGGCAACUUCUUCACCGAGGACCAGGUCAAGUCGCAGCGGCCCGUUGAGACCAUCCGGGCUAUCAAACAAAGGGACCAGGUCCAGCGGCAGGCCAGCUGGUGGCUGGUCUUGAGCGCCUUGAGGGAGAGGCUAGAGAUGGCCCUGGGAUAA